AUGGUGGCAAAGGGCACCAGGCGGUCCCUCCACAAUGGCGAUAAGAAUCAUUUCAAGCCAGGCAAGAAGGGUCUUAAAUCUGAUCUGUUCAAACCUCCUGGGUUCUUCAAGAAAAAGGGAACGGAAAUUUUUGUUGGAAACCUCCCCCCAAAUAUCACAGAGGAGGAGAUUGUGCUGUUGUUCAAGGACUUUGGUCUGAAGGCAGUCAGGAAAAAGCAGACCUCUGCUUUUAAAAGUUUCGCAUUUCUCGAUGUGGCUUCCCCUGAGGUGGUACAGCUUGCUGUGCAGACGAUGAAUGGAAAUGUGGUGAACGGGCAGCGGAUAGUUGUGUCUGUUUCCGAAGAGAGGAGAAGCCCCGAAUUCAAGAAGAACCACAUGGAGAUGCCGGAUUUGGAGCCAGUACCUAAUGGAUUGCCUGUGGGAAACGGCGCCGGGGAAAGAAGCUCCAAGGAAGACAAGACUGACCUCAUUCCAAAAACUGGCAUCCAGACUGCACCACCUUUAAAGAAGAACAACCUUUAUGCGAUUCCCAUUGAAAUGAGAAGUUCCUUCUUGGUGCUGAUGCUGAAGGACUGCUUUAAGGACCUGGGUUGGCUGAUCACCAUUUGCAGAAUCUCUGGAGAAGCGGGACUCCUGGUGACUGAUACGGUGCCCCAGACUCCGUUCUUCUGGGCUAUCCACCUCACAGAGGAAAACCAUCAAAACAUGCAUAAGCUGUUCAGCUCUUUGGCAGAAGUGGAAUCCCAGUUGCCUUUCUUGGCAAAACAGGACAUCCAGCGAGGGACGCGAUGUAUGGCAGAAUGCAUUCUGGGGGAAGAAGGUGGAGCUUGGAACAGGUGCUGGGUUUUGGACAAGGUGGGAAAUAUGGUCGUGGUGUUCUUCAUGGAUUUUGGUCGCUCUGCCACCGUUCCUCUGAAUUCUUUGCGGAGGCUGGACAAGGAUGACUUCUGGACGAUCCCGCCUCUGGCUCAGCCGUUCAUGCUUCACGAGGAUGUUCUUCCUCCGCAGCUUAUGGUUCGCCAAAUCUUGGAAGGGAGGGUGAUAGCACAGUCGCACGUGGAGACCCACAUCUUGAGAUUCAUCACCAAGACAAACUAGGAAAAAAGUCUUCAAAGAAGUCUCACCCAAGAUCUCGACAAGGGAUAC